AAAUCCCAGAAUGCUUUGCGCCUCGCUCGGCUAGAAGGUGACAGAGGACACCAAGGAUGGCCUCUGCCUUUCUAACUCACCAGCAAAAAGUGCUGCGCCUCUACAAAAAGUCCUUGAGACACCUUGAGUCGUGGUGUAUCUUUCGGGACAAAUAUCGCUUCUAUGCCUGCCUGCUGCGCGCUCGCUUCGACGAGAACAAGAAUGAAAAAGACAUGAUGAAGGCCACCAUGAUGCUGAAGGCGGGAGAGGAGGAGUUUUGGGACAAGCAGCAUCCACAGCCCUACAUCUUCCCUGACUCUCCUGGGGGUACCUCCUACGAGCGCUAUGAGUGCUACAAGCUUCCUGAGUGGGUGCUGGAUCAGUGGCACCCAUCAGAGAAGGCCAUGUACCCUGACUACUUCUCCAAGAGGGAGGAGUGGAAGAAGCUGAGGAUGCAGAGCUGGGAUAAAGAGGUGGCCCAGCUGCAAGCCGAGACUCCAGCCGAUGGGCCCAAGUCUGAAGCCCUCCCUCCAGCCCGCCAGGAGGGCGACCUUCCCCCUCUGUGGUGGCAGUACGUCACCCGCCCCAGGGAGCGCCCCACAUAAACACCCCCUCUUUUUCGUCUGUAAAGACUUUCUGAAGAAAUUCUCUUGUGCACAUUUGGUGGCUAAGAGCACCUCCUCAUCCCCCUCAGUCCUUGUAGGUGCGUGGGUCCUUACCUUCUACGGUCACUAAAUAAACAUGUAAAGGAAUAA